UGAAUGUGAAUUUCUUUAGGAAAUCUAUGUACACGAAAGAAGCAUCUCGAUCGUCACGAGAAGGAUCUAAUUUUGUGUGGCACGUGUGAAGAGACGAUUUUCGAAAACUUUGACAAGAAUGGCGAUGCAUAUACCGAAACCGCCCGGCGUGGCGCAGAUGCUUAAGGAAGGAGCUCGCUAUUUUUCAGGCAUCGAAGAAGCAAUUUACAGGAACAUAUCGGCCUGCAAACAAUUUUCGGACACUGUGAGAAGUGCUUACGGUCCUAAUGGCAUGAAUAAGAUGGUUAUCAAUCACAUUGAAAAGUUGUUUGUAACUAAUGACGCAGCCACAAUUAUCAACGAAUUGGAGGUUGAACAUCCAGCUGCAAAGUUAUUGGUUUUAGCGUCAAAAAUGCAAGAAGCUGAAGUUGGAGACGGAACCAAUUUUGUCAUUAUCUUUGCCGGAGCAUUGCUUAAUGGAGCAGAAGAAUUGCUUCGUAUGGGUAUUCCUACUUCGGAAAUUGUCGAAGGUUAUGAGAAUGCUUUGAAUAAAGCCCUUGAAAUUCUACCAACGCUAGUUGUUCAAGAGGUGAAAGACGUGCAGAACGAAGAGCAAGUAAAAAAGGGAAUUAGAACUUCUGUUAUGAGUAAACAAUAUGGAAAUGAGGAUCUUCUCGCUUCUCUCGUCACUCAAGCUUGCAUGUCUAUCUUACCUGAGAAAACGACAUUUAACGUGGACAAUGUUCGAGUUUGCAAGAUACUCGGAGGUGGCUUGAACAAUUCGCAAGUUGUGCAAGGUAUGGUGUUCAAGCGUCAGGUGGAAGGAGAAGUCGGGAAGAAGACCAACGCGAAGAUUGUCGUUUAUACUUGUCCGGUGGACAUAUCUCAAACCGAGACCAAGGGCACCGUGCUGAUCAAGACGGCCGACGAGCUGUUGAAGUUCUCGCGCGGUGAGGAAUCUUUUUUGGAAACUCAGAUCAAAUCGAUUGCCGAUAGCGGCGCCGAUGUAAUAGUGUCAGGCGGAAAAUUUGGAAAUAUGGCUCUGCAUUACAUGAACAAGUAUAAUCUCAUGGCUGUACGUAUUCCGAGCAAGUUCGAUCUCAGACGACUGUGCAAGACCGUCGGCGCUACCGCACUCACAAAAGUGAUACCACCGUCGAAGGAAGAGCUUGGAUACGCUGACAAGGUGUACAUAGACGAGUUGGGUGACACUAUAGUGGUAGUGUUCAAAUUGGAGGGAAAAGAAAGCCGUGUCAGUACUGUAGUCGUGCGCGGUUCCACCGAUAACUACAUGGACGAUAUCGAGCGCGCGAUCGACGAUGGUGUGAACACUUUUAAGGGUAUCACGAGAGACGGUAGAUUCGUACCGGGCGCGGGUGCCACGGAGAUCGAGCUGGCCGCGCAGCUGACGUCGUACGCAGACACGUUACCUGGUUUAGGACAAUACGCGGCACGUAAGUUUGCCACCUCGUUGGAAAUAUUUCCUAAAACUCUAGCUGAAAGCUCCGGCACUCACGCGCCAGAAGUUCUCUCGAAGUUGUAUGCAGCGCAUAAAGAAGGAAAGAAGAAUCACGGUUUCGAUAUUGAUGCCGAAGGCGCAGCUCUGAUCGACACCGUCGAGGCGGGAAUCGUGGAUUUGUAUUUGACCAAACAAUGGGCGAUGAAGUACGCGGUCAAUGCGGCGUGUACGGUUCUUAAAGUAGAUCAAAUUAUCAUGGCGAAACGAGCAGGUGGCCCGAAGCCUCCAGCGGGAGGAGUUCAUGAUGAGGAUGACUAAUUAAUAAUAUACGAGAAGAUCGAUGACUAAUAAAAUACGAAAAGAUCGAUUACAUAAUUUAUCAAUUUUUACUAUGUGUCUUGAAUUCUAACAAAAGUAUUAAAUAAAUUUGUUAAAUGCUA